AUGCAGUUUCUGACUUGCUUUCCCAGGGCGCUGUGGGUCCUUAGCUGCGCUUUAGUUGCCACAGCUCAGAUCGAUUAUUCUCAAUAUGUCAAUCCUUUUAUUGGGGCAGAGGGCCCGUUUCCUGGUCAAGGGUAUGGUGGAGGCGACAUUUUUGUCGGUGGUGCUCGGCCCUUCGGAGUAGCCAAAGUUGGAAUCGACACAACCGCCGCAAACUGGAGUGUUGCUAUGCUCAAUGGCGGCUGGACUCCAGAUGGAAAUGUCACCGCAAUAACAAUGAUGCAUGAGAGCGGCACUGGAGGCGCGCCCAAAUAUGGAAUCAUCCCACAGAUGCCUUUGACAUCCAUUAGCCCUCCGGUCAAUAUACUCGAUAACUUGACAUAUCACCAACCGAGGAUCGGUCACGAUACGGCCAGUGUAGGGUACUUUAAGACGCAGCUGCAAAAUGGCGUUCAGAUAGAGCUGUCUGCCUCUCGUCAUGCUGGUAUCAUGCAGUACCGUUUCCCUCAUGGGGAGAAACAUGUCUUAGUCGACGUCUCACAUGAUCUCCAUUUGAUCCAAAUGGCCAAUUCUACGUUGGUGGAGAAAUUCAACUUCAUGAAAGUGGGCAGUCAUACUCCGGAUACGGGACAUACAUUGGAGGCUGGAAUAACGGUGAAGAUGGCGUAG